AUGUUCACCAACAAUAACAAUGAAAUUCCACUUAUGGACGUCAAUCCUUCUCCGCUCGAUAAAGAAAAGGGCAAAGAAGUUUUACAAAGUGAAACAACCUUAGUUGUCACUACAGAACAAA